GCGUCUAUCGCCCAAUCAGAUGGCCUUGAAACCGCGGAACCCACGUAAUCUCGCCAAAGAUUGACCCGCAGCUUUCACCCAGGCGCCGCGGUCCGCAUCCACCCAAAGGCCACCAUUUCAAUUAGGUGACUUCAUACCGCGCUCCAGCUUUAAUGCUCUCGUAGGACAGCCAGCUCCCCACCACGACCCAAACUGCAAGACUCCACCAUGGAAGCACGCAACCGGCGUCCCGCCCCCGCCAAAGACGAACCCGCCGAGCCGAUCAAGAAAGUCGCAAGCGAAGUAUCAUCCUCGGGGAUCUCUGUACUGGACAUCCUACGUGUAGCAGGCGGGAUUUUGCUCUUCAGCAGCGCAUUGUCGUACCUGACAACCAGCGGCACGAGCCUGACAUGGGGCUACAACCCAUGGUGGACACGCGCGCGGGAAUGGAAGAACAUCUUUAACGGCCCCGUCUCCCUCACCGACGAAGAGCUCAAAGCCUACGACGGCACCGACCCCUCCAAGCCCAUCUACCUCGCCCUCAACGGCACAAUCUACGACGUCAGCAUCAGCCCCGCGACCUACGGCCCCGGCGGCUCUUACCAUUUCUUCGCGGGCAAGGACGCCGCGCGCGCGUUUCUCACAGGCUGCUUCGACACGGACAGCGUGCCCGACCUGCGCGGCGUAGAGCAAAUGUACAUGCCGCUGGAGCCGUGGGAGAAGCCGCCGCCGGCGGACGCCUCGGACGACGAGAAGCAAAAGCACGCGGCGCUGGAGACGCGGGCGAGGGAGAAGCGCAAGGCGAUGAGCAAGGGCGAGUUGAAGAAUAGGAGCGCUCAGGAGUUGAGGAAGGCGAGGCAGAGUGUGAGGGAUGGGCUGGAGCACUGGCACAUGCUGUUCCGGGGAGACAAAGGGAAGGCGUAUAGGAAGGUUGGGGAGGUGAAGAGGGAGGAGGGCUGGCUGGCGAAAUUGCCUAAGAGGACGCUGUGUGAGAACGCGGAGAAGGGGAGACCAGUCAGGAAGUAUGAGGACUAGCGUCUGAGGAAUGAGCAUUUAUAUGGGAGUGUUGCAAGCGCAGAAGGGUAUUAUCUGAACCAAGUGGGAUGGUUCGUCGUAUCGUGUGUCGAUCUUGAAAGAGAUACAAUCAAAGGCGAGUGAAGCAAGAGCAAUCAACAGAG